GCUAGCUGUCUCUUGCAUCGCUACCUAGCCGCCGCCAUAUUGUGAAACGUCGUCGCCGGAAAAAAGAAACGCAUCGGACAGUGGCAGUGCCGUGAAGAAAGAGAUCAUUUUCAGCGAUUCAUUGCGCGUUUGCAAAAAAGACACUGCCCCAAUCACUAUUGCUGGACGCUUAAAGAUCCCCAAUCGUUUCGACGCCCAACUGGGAAGAAAACGGGGUGAAAGUGAAUAGCUAGUGUCUCUCCCCCGUGUACGUACGUGAAAAGUGUUUUCACAGCCACCCUUCUCCUGUUUCCGAUUCUAGUUCCGUACCGAUUUCUCUCGUGUUUCGCGUGUGCGGAGUUUGCAAAAAAAAAAACCCAGGGGAAAGUGUAGAGGAGCAGCAGAAGAGACACACAGUUGUGUCGGCAGUGUUGCGGAAAAUCGUAGCUACUUCCCGUCUUGCCCGAGGACAGCUCGUGGUUUUGCUAAUUAGGCGAAGGGAGCAGCGAAGAGUACAAGUGCUGAAAUAGUGCAAAAUCGAAAAAUUGUCAUCCACCAUAAUCGUGACACACACCUACGUUUUACGGAAGUGUUUUAUACCAUCCGACCACCGACAAUUUGUUCUGGUCGUUUUGUUCUCGAACGCAUCCUGCUUGUGUAUCCGGUUUUGGUUCAUUCCUUCCUGCUCUGGUUACCGUUGCCCCGUGGAAAGGUUCUUGGGGUGCAAGUGCCAGUGUGUCUGACCAAGCGAAGAAGCCACACCAUCUGACCACCGACAAGCGAAAUAGUGUUGCAGCCGUGCUUGCAGCAGUCUUUAAGCAGAACGGGAAAAUUUCCCCCUAUUGCAGGGAGGAACUUUGGAAAAACCUUUCUUUGUCACCCUUUGCUUUACUAUCCCGGAAAACCAUCGAAGCGAUCUUCUGCAUCCACACCGGUCCAGUAAGUACGGGAGGGAGAAAUCGCGAACAAAAAAGUGCGACUUGACGCGCGUGAGUGUGUGUGUGUGUAUUUUGUGGAGGAGGACUAACAAGAGAUUCAAGUGCGCGGUGCAUUCGCAAGUGCUGCUUUGUCGUCGGCGUACAGAUUUUUAGAACUUUCAGUAAGUGCAGCAGUAGUAACAACAACUACCAAUGUCAACCGUGUCAGAUCAGCGGAUGAAAGGACAAGGAACUCAUGGAAAUGGCGAUUACAAUUCUUGGAGUGCGCAAGUGAAUCACGGUCCAGGUGGUGCAGGACAUCAGAAAAAAUCGGACGAUGGCUACUACCGAAAUCAUGGAGCUUACCAGAGUCAUGAUAGUGUCAGGAAUGUCGAAAAAGGUAUGCAAGGACUUGGGCUUGGUUCCGCGACACGUAGCGGCAACAGCGACGGCAACUCCGGUGUAUCGAAAUACUAUCAGCAACAGCAGCAGCAAAAGGAAGCUCCCAAAAAGAUGACCUGGGCCUCGAUCGCUUCGCAGCCGGCUAAACCGCAAGUGAAUACCACCAGUACAACGGUGAAGAAGAAGGGCCCGGGCAUGCCGCCGCCACCAAUGAUUCCUGGCAAGCACAACAUGGAUAUUGGUACCUGGGAUUCGCCGUCGAAGAACGGUCCAAGCGCUAUCGUACCGACACCACCACCAAUUAUUCCACCGCCGGUCAUCGAACCAUCGCCACUGGCCGAUCCGGUACCGUCCAAGUUGGGCGGAGGUCGCGAAUCUGCAGGCGGUGUCGCGUCGCAGCACCACAGAAAUAACUCGCAGGGCAUGGGACCAGCCGGCAUUCAAAACUCGAGAUGGCCAACGCCGGGCCAGGCGCAGAUUCAGCAGCAACAGCUGACUGCACCACCGCCAAGCACCGAAAGGAACAAUGGUCCCUCGGCGGGAGUUAAUGCCGAUCCUGCGGGAAGCGGUAGCAACACCGGAUCCGGUGGUUCCAUGUCAUCUGGUCCACAUCAUCAUGCCCAGCAACAUCACCAGCAGCAUCAACAGGGUCCACUUGCGCGCAACCACUCAUCGCAGUAUCAGCCGCCGCAGCAGCAGCAUCCUCAUCACCAGGACAGACCCGGAUCGAACUACGAUCGAGCACCGCACCAUCAUCAGCAAGGUACUUCGCAUCAUGGCAACAGCUACAGUCAAUCUCGAAACCACAAUGCUGCCUAUUCGUCAUCCGGUUCAGGUGGAUCGACCAGUACUGGACCGUCGUCGGCAAUGAUUGAUCGCCAAAACAGUGGAGGUUCCGGUGGUGCCGCCGGCAGCUACCGGCAGCCGAAUGAUAGUCAUGGCGGGUCGCAUUCACAACAUGCGUCUCACCAUCAGCAGCAAGUGCCGGAAAGAUCGGCGUUCCAUCAGCAGCGUUCAUCGAAUCAUCAUAGCGAUCGUGGAGUGGGCGGUAGCAGCUACCACCAGUCGGCCGAUCGAGGACAUUAUGGAUCAAACAGUGGUUCGGACACUGUAGUGCAUAACAGCACCUCGUCCGUAUCAGCAGUCACGAGUGCCCCAACGGUAAAGGCACGAUCGCCAUCGCCGUCCAUGUCGGAAAGCGAAAUUGCACUGAAGCUGGCCGAGUCGCAAAAAAUUCUUGACCAACUGAAGACCAAAAACAACUAUAAUCCGGCUUCGCUUGAUCUGUUGAAAACGGUCGAAUUAGCAAGAUUCUUCGUCAUCAAAUCGUACUCGGAAGAUGACAUUCAUCGAAGUAUUAAGUACGAAAUAUGGUGCUCUACCGAACAUGGCAACCAGCGGCUGGAUCAGGCAUUCCGCGAACGCGAAGAGAAGGGAGGCACAGUGUACCUGUUCUUCUCCGUAAACGGUUCGGGACACUUUUGUGGCGUGGCGCAAAUGAUGACGGCCGUCGAUUACAACUCCAACUCAAGCGUUUGGUCGCAGGAUAAAUGGAAGGGCACAUUUAAGGUGCGUUGGAUCUACGUGAAGGACGUACCGAACUCGAAUCUGCGUCACAUUCGGCUGGAAAACAACGAAAACAAAUCGAUGACGAACUCGCGCGACACACAGGAGGUGCCGAACGCGAAGGGCAUACAGGUGCUGCAAAUCAUACAUAGCUUUGAGCACCAGUCGUCGAUAUUUGACGAUUUCCAGCACUACGAAAAGCGCCAGAUGGAGGAAGACACACGCAAGCACGAGGCACCACCGCCGUCGAACCAUUCGUAUCACAACCAGCGCGACCGGCGCGAGAAUCAAGCGGCGUCCGGUGGUCACUACUAUGACGGAGCGGGUAGCGGCAAGUAUCACGGUGGUGGAGGUGGUAGUGGAUAUAACAACAAAUACAAUGACCGUGGUGGUGAUGAUGGUUACGAUGGAUACGGUAGCCGGGGAAGUGGUAGCGGUGGAUAUCACGGAGGAUAUAAUAAAGCAGGUGGUUACGGAGGUUAUAAUAAUCGCAACAACUACAACCAUCGUGACGACACGGGCCGCGGAUAUCCGAGUUUUGACCGGCGUAAUAACAAUGGUAACAGUGGCGGCAGUAACAACAAUGGUGAAGAUCAUCACGAUGCAGCCGCUCCUGGUGGAGGAGCUGGCGGUGGAUAUCAUUCGCGCGGCGGCUACAACAAUCGCUCCCGAGAUUAUUAUCGCGAUGAACGUCGUGGACCGAACGAUUACGGACGUUCGCGAGGUAGCGACUAUGACAAUGGUCGUGAUAGCGAUGGUGGCGGCAUCUACCGAAGCGGAGACCGUGGUGAUCGCGGCGGUGAUCGAGAUCGCGGCACUUCGCGUGAUCACUUCCGGGACCGCAACGAUCGCAUGAUGGGCCCUAGCAGCAGUCGUGGAGGUUCUGGCAGUAACGGCAGCGGUUCCAACAUCUUCAGAAAUCCGAACUAAUGGUGAAUCUAUGCUACAACGCGUAAACCGAGUUAAACAUACCGAAUCAUGGACUAAAGAGCGCAUCACUACUGCCAGUGGCCACAACAAGUUGCAAAGUUCGAACGUUUGUGAAGCACCGACUAACCGAUCGUUCCUUUUCUCAAACAUUCUGAUGACGCAUGAAUCAGAACAUCAGUACGUAAAGAUAUGAAAGGAAAUGUGUAACAGAAGUGGCCAAUGUUUGUUCUAACAUUUUAAUCAAGUCAAGGCAAAUGAAAGUAUGAAACAAAGAAGAAAUGAUAAAAAGAACUAAAAACAUAGACUUGACUAUGCUCGGAACAGCUGGCCAAAAUGUGCUUCAAAAAGGGCCAGUGCGAGCACCGAUAAUGGGCUAUGUUGGCGUCAUUCGCACUGGUAUAGGGUAGAACCAGAGAGGAUAAAAGAUUAUAAAAAGUUGAACAAGAUAUUCGUACAUACACAUGGUAAUACCGUGGCAAUUAUGCAAAACCAUGUGAAAUUUUUUGUCCCUUAAACACACAAUGCUGCCCUCAAAAACCCGCAACCAACCAGACUAUACAGAUACAUAAGUAAAAGCAUAUAGUGAAACCCCCGUAGUAUGUAGCAACAGAACAGAAACGCAAAACAAAUUCAGAAAUUUGUUAAAAGCAAGCAUUCUUAUAUCGCCUGUGAGAACGUUUAUAAACAACAACAACAAAAAAAAACACCCGCAGCAUCUAUCUAGCGCUACCCAUGCAAAUUUGUACAGAUAAACAAACAAAACACGGAUAGGAUUGUCCAUGAUGAAGCUCUUUAAAAAGUAUGUUUUAUCAAUGAAGUAUGUUUUUAAUUAGUAGGAAAAUGUAAAACGUAUAACAAACUAAAAACUAAUAAGUGAAAACAACAUAUAAAGUGAAAAUGAAGAAAAUGAAAAGAAUAAGAAAGGUGCAAACAACAAGAAAAAAAACACACAUGAACAUUACGAAGUAUAACAACGUUGCGAGGCAAACACGCGCAUAAAUACAAACAAGCAAGUAUAAACGAACGAGCAAACCUUUGCUAUAUAUAACGUAUAUUGUAUUCUAUAAAUAUUGUUAAGUUGUAACUUAAAUUAUAUAAGUUAAGAAUGCUGUCACCGUCUGGAGGCGUUUGUUUGAGUAACAUGAACACGAAUGCAAACGCGAGACCCACUAGGAAAGAUAGUCGUUAGACCGAAUGGAUGGUAGUAAUGGAUAGGAUCGAUGCAUCGAUGACAAAGAUGAGAGAGAAGCUGGCGAAUGAAUUGGUGGGGUGCGGUAGGGUGCAGGACGCAUAUAGAACACAUGUAACGCAAAUACAUUGCCACGAUGAUUCGAAAAGGACUGAAACACGAAUGAUGACCCAUUCUCUCCCUAAUUGUUCUAACUAUUACUGAAGUAUGAUUUUAACAAAGCGUGCGAAAAGAACCGAACCCCAACCCCGAAUAAAAACAUGGCCGUAUGUAGAAAAUGUAGCAGAUUUUACUUGGUUGAAGAUGAUACUUCAGCGAACGCGACGUAAGGUACACUUUUGUUGCGUGAUGUUAUUUUCCCCUGUCAUAUUAUAAACCAUAGUAACUCUGUAUAUGAUGCAAUUGAGGCUGAUUACUACAAACCUAGGUAUCUCCGCACCAUACUGAAGGAAAAGUACGCGAUGGCACUACUCUUAUGGUUUCGAUUGUGCUUUACGGUAGAAAAGGUCUCUCGGUACCGACUUUACGUUUGAGGUUAUCGUAGGUUCUUCCGUGUAGACCAUUUACAAAACUCGAUCGAUCGUAAUUUAACGAAAAUGGUAUUCAAUCGUUGCGUGUUGCACAUUUCGGCGCGUAGUAAAUGGUUAGCGAAUCCAAAAGGCGCCCCUUUAAAACGUGAAUAGAUAAUUCAAUUAAUCAGCGAAACGAACAAACAAACAAACAAACAAUUGUCAACCAUGGAAUACGUUACACGAAUUCAGGUUAAAGGUACACAUUGUGGAGGACAAAAACAAAACGCUUCUUUUUGUGACAUUUCGUGGUGAUGUAUUUUGAAACAGUGAAGAAACCAGCCGACGGCAAGAAGGUUUUAAACGACAUUGUGACGUUGAACGAUGGGGACAACACCUCUGCCGAUGGUUGAGCUAGUAAAUGACACCAUUUCGAUAGCCUGCAUGUGCACGGCAUCAUUGAUACAUACACACGAUUCUUGCACGUAUCGGAUGAAAUAAUCAUUACCAAUCGUCCCCAAGAUGCCACUAAAAAUUAUGAUAUAAAUAGGGCAAAAAAACCUCUCCCAAUCGUUAUAGUCCCUCAGUCACUUGGUACAUUUUAUCUAGAACCAUUUGGAAACAAAACAAACAAAAAGCAUAUAUACACAAAAGCACACGGAUAAUAUGAUUAGUUAUAACACAGAAAAAGGAAGGAAACUUUUAGAUUAAUAAUGAAAACAUUCGGCAUGACGACGUGUGUUUUAUUUCUAUCUGUGUAUUGGACGUUUACAUCUAAAUCUGUGUGAUAUGUUCAAAUGGAAUGUAAAUGGUUCGCAAUCGCACACACUAAUUAUAAACAUUGUCAAACAAACGAUGAAACAGUUUAUCACGAAACAAUUCGUUUUUAGAAUGAAUCUUAACUCUAGGUUCGUCAACUAAUGGACAGAAACACGUGUGCACGAAAGCGAGCGAGCGAGCAAGAGAGAGAAAGAGAAACUUCUUAAGUGCUUUGUAAUGAAGUUGAGUGUAUAUGUGUGUGCGUGUGAGAGCAUUUUGUGUAAUUGUGCAUGUGCAUAGCUUACUGCACUCUGGUGUGCACUUUCUAGAAGAGUUUUCUUAUUGGAAUUUUGUAGCUUCGAUCACAAUGUAGUAGCAGUGCAAACAAAUGAUUGCAACAGUUGAGCAAAAGGAGCAAAAACACAAAACAAAACAUUAAUUGUACGACGAAAUAUCAAACAAAAUUGCAUAAACACACUGCAACCCCCGGAUAACCACAACUCUGCCCACAAAAAGGCGUUGUAUAGACGAUGGGAUUGUACUUCUUUCUGCUUUUUUAGUGUUCUUACUACUAAUUAUUUUAAAUUGAUUUGAUCAACAGUGAUCGGGGCACUGUUUGCUAGUAUUUACAGUGUAAAUCAAUAGCAAACCCUUAUUUAUAACAUGGUAUUAAAUUAAGUUGCAGAGGAAAAUUUAAAUUUUCUUGCACUUGUAGUGAAUUCUUGUUCACUUGUUUUUGCUGUAAUGAACACUUGUUGUGAGUUUGCAAUGCAAAAAUUUGUAAAAGUCCUUCGUCUGUACAAUGCGCUGUGCUUGGCCAAAAUAUUUGUUAUUUCCCAUUUUUUGGCAGCAUAAACACUGGGGUUGUACUGUGUCAGAAAGACAAAUUAAAACGAUCCCACACCUAAACAAAACACCUAGUGUAUUGUAUAAAAGGUAAACAGUUUUUAAUAACAUAUUUCACGCGACAUAACAAAUAAAAAAGCAAACACAAACCCACAUUACUGCGCUUCUUGCAAUACGGAGGUCGUAAAACAGAAGCCAUCAUAUUGGUACUAUUGACGAUUAUCGAAAUGUUAAUGCUCGAUAUAAAACAAAACACAAGAUACGCGCAAAAUUCAUUGCAACAAACACUCACACUGCACACUCACAAAAAAAACGAACAAAUCGUGCAACAAAUGUGAAAGUGAAAAAGUAAACAAGGAAUCACCGUUUACGAUCGAUGUGAAUUGAGAAAGAUGAAAAAAGGAAAAAAAAACAACAAUAUAACCGACAUCAAAUGCAAAACGAUACAGCUAGAAAAGCAAAAGGAUACAAAAAAAAAUCAAAAGUUGGUUUUCAGUGUCCGUAUCGUGCAACUAAAUGUAAUCUUGUAUGGUUACAGAGCAAAAAAAAGAAACAAAUCCUACCAAGAAACAUAACAAAACGACGAAAAAUGGAAAAAGAAUGAACUGAUGAUGAUGAAAAACAAACUCAAAUAUCUUUACUUAGGCAACAACAACAACAACAAAACUACUAUGAAAAGGCUAAAGAAAAGAAAGAGAAAUAGGUGUGACUAACAAUGAAAAUUACUAUAAACCAUGUACUAGAGACAACAAAAAAACAUAGUAAACGAACAUGCCAGUAAAGAAAUUCACACUGCAAAGGUGCGUACUACUGGUGUAUAUAUAUGCAAAAGAAAGGUGAGAAAAAACAUGGUAACAAAGUUGACCAACAACAUGCGAACGCAAAUGUAUUUGCAUGUACAAGAGAGACAAGAGUGAUGAUCGCUCUGAAAGAAAGGUGAUCAACGCAAAGAAAAUGAUAAGCAUCCAGCAUGUGGAUGCCGAUGGGGGAAAAAGAUGGGACUACAAACCCAAGAAAAGAGAAACGCAAUGAAACGCGUCUUUACGAAGUAGAAAAAAGGGCUCAUCACAUGCAACAAUACUAAUGUGCAACAUAUUAUUGACCGGCUAGAGCAGCAGUACUAAUUUGAAGAAAUGCACUGAAAAGAAAGUAACAACAUUAAAAGAGAAUGAAGAAAAAAUCGUAAUAAACACCUUAUUAAUAAUAAAACUA